GGUACCCUCUGCGCCCCGCACGAUGAAUCGCGGCGACGGGCUGGUGCAGCGACGACGCGUGGUGAACAGCGGCGGCAGCGGCGGCGGCGCCGGCGGCGGUGGCAGCGGCCACGGCCAGGACGGCCAGAACGCGGACCUCGUCCACAACGACAAGCUGUCCGGCCAGAGCCCGGACACGGACUGCCUCUCCCAGAAGGACCUCAACUGCAAUCCCACCGUCGACGAUGACUCCGACAAGGAGACGCGUCUGACUCUCAUGGAGGAGGUCCUGCUGCUUGGUCUCAAGGACAAAGAGGGAUAUACGUCUUUCUGGAACGACUGUAUAAGUUCCGGACUGAGAGGCUGCAUCCUGGCGGAGCUCGCCUUUCGAGGUAGGGUGGAGCUGGAGAAAGCCGGCAUGCGUAAGAAGAGCUUGCUGGCCAGAAAGCUUCUCUUGAAAAACGACGCGCCUACGGGAGACGUGCUGCUGGACGAAGCUUUGAAACACUUGAAGGACACAGACCCGCCUGAAACUGUGCAGAGUUGGAUAGAGUAUCUAAGUGGUGAAACCUGGAAUCCCCUCAAGUUGAGGUAUCAGUUGAAAAAUGUGAGGGAACGGCUGGCGAAAAAUCUGGUCGAGAAAGGUGUUUUAACUACGGAGAAACAAAAUUUCUUGCUGUUUGACAUGACAACUCAUCCGCUCACCGACAACCUCGCCAAAAGCCGUCUCGUGAAAAAGAUCCAAGAAGCUGUAUUAGGCCGUUGGGUGAAUGAUGCCGCUCGCAUGGAUAGACGAACGUUGGCAUUAGUUAUUUUAGCUCAUGCAGCUGAUGUACUAGAAAAUGCAUUUGCGCCAUUGUCGGACGACGAUUACGAAGUAGCGAUGCGAAGAGUACGGACAUUAUUAGACCUCGAUUUCGAAGCGGAAGCCGCUAAACGUAACGCGAACCCGGUACUUUGGGCUGUAUUUGCCGCAUUCACCAAGUAACAGUUACUGACUCUUAAAUUUCGUGGACGCGGAAUAGUUUUCUACUAUUAAAUUCUAUUAUGUAUUAUACGAUACUAUUAUUCUUAUACUAAUGUGAAUAAUUAACUUAAUGAUUUUGCAUAUCCUUUAGUUGCGAUAAUUAUACAAAAUAGAUGCAAUCCUUGUUACACGAGAUGAAAUAAUUCAGACCAAAUAAUCCAUAUUCGAUUAUAUAGGAAACUUUGAAGGAACCUUAUUCAUUUCCGUUAUAUUGUUAUUUAAAUACAUAUUUGAUAGCUGAAUAUAACGAAUAUUCGUAUUUAAAUAUAAUAUGGAAUAAUAAGGAGCGUGAAUGUAUGCCUUGUGCUGGACAGCACUAAUUUCGGGAAGACGGACUACAUUGUAUUAAAAUCUAUACUUUCUUGCUUGUCCAUCUGUGUUUACGAAUGUACGUUCAUAAACAUAAUAUAAGAUGACGCAGGACACUAUGCGGGGUGCCUCAAAAUGGAUAUUGGGCGUGGUAGUGUUGGAGAAAUCUGGAUUAUAUGUUCUUAGCCAUAAUUUUGUGAAAUAUACAAGUAUGUACAUAUAUUCCUUUAAAUCCUAAUUUUUAAUAUACAUAGCAUAUACAUGUGCCUCUUUGUUUAUAUCAUGUAUGAAAUUUCGCGCUACAUCCGCGAGUCAUUUAGAUUUAAAUAGCGUUCCUCUAAGCAUUCUAAGUUUAAUGGAUCUAUACAUGCAUUUUAAAUCUUUCUACAGAGAAGAAUUUUAGAUAUUUUUUAAAAGUUAUUUCACUCGUGUAGAUAAUACUGGUAGAUAUGAUUUUGUUUUAUAUGGCUGACCUCGUGCGAUAUUACGCCAAGUGCCACAUUUCUGGUAAUCAUUUAACUCUUGUAACUUUUGUUACAAAGAAAUUCUUUGCACAACUCCUAUUGUUUCGAUGUCUUCUGAUAUAUAUAAACAGAUUGUACUCAAAGUAUAUUACCACCAUGUGGCAGUAAAGUAUUUGGAUUUAAAAUGAAAGGUGAUGAAUUAUUUGUUAUUGAUGAUUAUCGACAUUUUUUAUGCUGUUCAAAAUUUAUUAGAUAAGUGAUAAUUUCAUUGUAAACUGAUAGUUGAACAUAUAUAGAUUAGUCCAUGUAUAGUGUUACAAGCUGCUUAUCCUGAGAUUAUAUUAAAUAUAACAACAAAAUCAA